AUGACCGGACAGACACUUUUGGAAGACUUACCAGUAGAAGUUUGGUUCACCAUUUUCUCGUAUCUAAAUGCUCGUGAACAAUUCCAUAGUUUUUUCAAUUUGAAAUCAAAUAUUAAUCAACUACUGUCCAAUUAUUACCAUCGGAUAAACUUGAAGUUCAAAGAUAAAGAUAGUGAAUGUGUUCUCGAACAUGUUUUACGUUGCUCUCCGCAGUCGAAUUGUAUCUCAAGUCUUCGAUUGGAUAAUAUCAACAAGAUGAACAUCUUUCACGAUAUUAAUUGUUUACAUUUUCCGAAUCUUCGUUCAUUGACACUCUGCAAUUUACAUGUUACGAAUGAUAUUUUGAAUCUACUUAGAUAUUAUGCACUGUCUUUAGAAUAUCUCAACGUGAGCUCUUUUGUUUCAAGUAAAUGGGUUGAACUUCUUGAUCUCAUCAUUUCGUUUUCGAAAUUACAAACGUGUUAUUUGAAUCUGAAUAUGAUCUUAUGUCCUUUUCGAACAGAAUUGAGAAGUCCGCUGAAACAUUUAAUAUUUCCUGGUGCCAAUCGAGUUUGUCAGAAGACGAAUUUGGUGAGUUUUCUCGAAUAUUUUCCUUCUUUGGAAUCACUACAUGUCGGAUGCCGUAAGAUUAUUAACAACGAUGCAACAUAUGAGCCUGUGUCAGUGUCGAAUCUGUCUUUGCAACUAAGUUAUUUACCGGAAUCGUUUAACGAAUUUAUGUCAUUUAUGUUAGCAAUAGCAUCGCACGUGAAAAAACUUCAAAUUAAAUGUUGUCAUUCGGUGUCAAAUAUUUUGUAUGUGAAAGUGUUUCACUGGAUGAGAUUACUCGAUUCGUUGGAUAGUUUGAACGAGCUAAUACUGAUUAUAACACCGGGCAAGAAUGUAACGAAGAAAAAUUGGAAAAGACGAUGUGAUGAAUUAAUGGAAUUGACAAAGAUGCGGAAUAUUCACUUACAAGUCAUUUCUGUAAAGAACUAA